GAAACAGUGGUCUCUGGAAUGGUUUGUGACGGUAGGACCACACCAAGGGGGAGGAGGAAGGGGAACAUUAGCUGAAUCAGCAUCUCUUCAGAGUCAGAAGAAAAAUUAUUCCUGCCCCCCUGCCAGCACUUUGUGCAGAUCCAAGAUACCGUUCCCAGAAGAGUCCCUACGUAUGUUAGCAGAAAGACAACUGUCUGCACACUUUGCAGCAAGAACAGCGUGGCAACUGAUGCAGCACAGUGCUGUGAGCCUGGGGUAAUGCAUCUCCUGAAGGGAAAGCUGUGGAGUGCAGCGCUGACGGGCUUAAUCUGCUGACUGCCAGAGAUCAGAGAUCUUCUUUCUGACUCCAGGGAUGCCUGCCUGCAAGAUCCAUGACUCAAAGCAAGCAAAUGACUAGCUGUAGUGUCAGGGUUAUGUAUUACAGCAUCCCCUUUUGUGGGGACAGCUGGAUGGAAAAACUACAGUUCCCAGCACCCUUUUGUGCAUGUCCCUGAAACUACAGUUCCCAGAACCUUUUCAUGAGCUGGGGAGGGUGUACAUGGAAGUAAUUGCUGAGGAAUUUUGCAUCACACCCCAUACUUUCAGUGCGGCCAGCCCUUGGGUAAAAACUGAAACAGAGGAAAAGCCAGGGAGCACUGAGACUGUGGAUUUGCCCACACCUAAUAACUGCAACACAGGGCAUCCUUCUCCUCCUGGUGUCUCACUGGGCAGACGCAGGGAGGAUCCUUGCCCCUAAGGGAAACACGGCUGCUGCGGAAGGAGAGCAAACUACAGAUCCCAGCAUUCCCUAGCAGGCAGCACCUGCGGCAGUCCCUGCAUGCCAGGGGGAAUGAGGAUGUGGAUGGAGGGCGGGGAAGAGAUGAAGGGUGCUGUGGGGCUGCGCUGCACCUGGGACCCACCUCCCGUUGAUGCCCAGGCCAAGUGGGUGAGGCUCAAUGUGGGGGGCACCAUCUUCCUUACCACCAGGCAGACUCUGUGCCGGGAGCAGAAAUCUUUCCUGUGUCGCCUGUGCCAGGGCGAGGAGCUGCAGUCGGACCGGGAUGAGACUGGUGCAUACCUAAUAGACCGGGACCCUACUUACUUUGGACCCAUCCUGAAUUUCCUCCGUCAUGGGAAGCUGGUCCUGGAUAAAGAUAUGGCUGAAGAGGGGGUCCUGGAAGAAGCAGAGUUCUAUAACAUUGGUCCCUUAAUCCGAAUAAUUAAGGAUCGACUGGAGGAGAAGGACUACACAGUGAUGCAGGUGCCUCCUAAACAUGUCUACCGUGUGCUGCAGUGCCAGGAAGAGGAGCUCACUCAAAUGGUUUCCACUAUGUCUGAUGGAUGGCGCUUUGAGCAGCUUGUGAACAUUGGCUCGUGCUACAACUAUGGGAAUGAGGAUCAGACAGAGUUCCUGUGUGUGGUCUCCAAGGAACUGUACAACUCUCCCAGUGGUCUGAGCUCUGAGUCCAGCCACAAAGCCAAGAGCGCAGAGGAGGACGUGGAGGAAGAAGAGCAGGAGAUGGAGGAGGAGGCAGAGGCAGAAGCAGAAGAGAAAGGUGCAGCAAAUCCUUGAGGAAAAAAAUAGACUAACCCCCAGGCAUAGAUUCAUCCACCUUUCUGGUGAGAACUCACAGCUAGCAGCAGGGAAGAACUAGGGCAAGUAUGGGGUGGAGGGGACGUCCUCCCAGGGAGCAGGAGUCUAUCUGGAGAUAAAGCUCGUAGGGAGGGGUUGUUACCUUGGCUGCUGCUUUACGUUUUUAACUGUUUGGUUUAUUUAUAUUUUUAUUUGCAGACUGUCCAUGUACUGGACACUCCCUCCUGCUCCCCUCCAUCUCUGCACUGUUACCUGCCUGGGACACCCUACCCCAUUCCCCAGCCUCCAGAAUUCUCCCAUCUGCUCUCUUUGCCCCUCACAGCCUCCUUCCAGCAGACCUGGUUCCCGUCUCCCCUUCCAAACCCAAGAUUCCGUUUGUUCCCUCCUCAGGGCCCCAUCUCUCUGUUCCUCACUUUUCCUACUCUGCAGGUAUGUUACCUAUAUGCACUCUCAGAUUCUGCCAGUUUGAGCUCUGCAUGAGUGACUCACAUCCUUCCAUCUUGUGGAUAAAGUCCUGGUUUGUAGAGCUUGGGGAGGGGGAGAAGCAAUGGGAGGUUGAGUCAUUUCAAAGGUGGCUUUUCUGAUUCUCAUCAUACAUGUGCCUUCACUUGCCAAGCAGUUCUUCCAGCUCUGGGCUGGAGGCUCUGGAAGCAGCAGGAAAGGUGCAAUCAGGAGUAAGGAGGAGGGUGGGGAAGAAUGGGGAAGAAUGCAAAGCAGGCAGGGAUGGCACAGGGGAAUGCCUGCCAUGUGGCUGCCUGCCAUGCAUGCCAGAUCACUUCUCCUGAUUGCCAUCCAUUCUUGCAGCUGCUCUGCCCUGCUCUGCUCAUGCUUCCCUUGACAUUGCAGUGCCAGAGGGUGCUGAAGGUGCAGUGGAAGCUGUGGGUCCCUGCUCCAGAUGUUCCUCCCUGCUCCAGAUGUGCUUGGAAGGGGCCUCUGCUCUGCCUCCUACUGAGGCUUCCCAUCUGCAGCUGAACAAAGAAAGCUUUCAUAGGAGCACCCCCCUCUCUAGCCAGAAAACAGAUUUCUUGUUGAACUGGUGGUGCUCAGUGCCACUUUCCAUCCUAGUGGGGGGCACUUGUUAGCUGGAUGGCAUUUCUCACUUCCCCUGUUCAAGAGCUUCCUUGUUGGUGGCUAUGGGACCCGAGUGUUAUUCUCUCAAAAGGCAGUGUGUGUUAAUCAGACUUUUCCCUCAUUUUUCUCUUUUCACCCCACCCUCAAUCCUCUUCCUUUCCUUCUUCUUUUCCCUCUCCCUUUCUUUCUUCUUUUUCCUUUUCCUUUUCCUUUCCUUUCUUUAUAUCUUGUUUCCUCUGUCAUGUGCUCUUUCCCUUUUUCUGUUUCUUGCCCUCUUUGAUUUGGUUUCUCUCUCUCUCCUUCUCUAGCAGUUACAAGCCAGAGGCCUGAGGAUGUGAUCCUGAAUCUGCACUCCAGCCUUUUAAUUUCUGCUUGAUAUCUUUAUUUUUGUACGGUAGCACAUGGCAGCCCCCUGUGCCGCAGUGACACCCGCAGCCCCCUUCACUCUCCACACUCAGCUGUUGACUUUUACAAACUCAUAUCUGCCCGGAGGAGGGCAAAUGCUCCAAGGAGAGCUGCAGGAGCUGGAGCUCCAUCCUUUUCCUAGCAGAAUGGCUUUCUUUAAUGUCACAGUGGCCCCUGCUGGGGACAUCAGUGAUCAACCACUGCAGAACUUUGCUUCCUUCCUGAGCGCUGGUGCCCAGAUGUGGCAGCAUUUGCACUAGGACCACUCCUUGUCCAUUCACAGUUGCAGGCAACUGGUCUGGGCUUUUGCCCAGAGGGCAAAUGCAGAGACGCUGUUGGUUUUUUUUGUUUGUUUGUUUUUUGUUUUUUUCUUUCUGGGCCACCUGCAUUGCUGGUGGAGUAUCCCUGUGCUGGGUUUCUCCUUGCUGGUAUCUCACUCCCUGUCCCCCUAAACAUCUCUACAUUGGAUGGGUGUAUGGAGGCAGGUGUGUGCUGCCUGAGUACCUGUUGGGGAUGUGUUGGUACCUGACAGAAGGUCUGGUAGGACAGGAGCAUCCCUGCCUCAGAGAGCCAGGGGUUCGCUUCACCACUGUGUCUGAAGAUGCCAGGUUGUAGCUCCUAAAUAAAUCUCACACUUUCUUCCUCCUUGCUGCCUCUCAUUCCAAGUGGUAGAAAUUUGGCGUUGGGAGGCUGGACGAAAGGAUCACCUGGAGCCAUCAGAAGUUGAGCCUGACUACUGGGCACAGGGAUAUCUCCUGCUGCAUUUGUGCUGCAUCUCCAUGCAGGUGGAGCUACAGAGCAGGUUUGCUAAUCGCUGUCCACACCCCUAAGCUGUAAUGAUGAAGGCUGCCUAUCUUGAUGACAUGUUGACCCUGCUGUGUCUGGACACAGCUGGGAGGGAGGGCAGGAGACUUGCACCAGUUUGCCAGUGCCAGGACUGCAGUUUGGCCAAAAAGAUUCAAACCCCAAAAGAAUUUGUAACAUAAUAAUCAUAGAAUCAUAGAAGUUGGAAAAGAGGACUAAGAUUAUCUAGUCCAGCCACCAGCCCAUCCCCACCAUGCCCACUGACCACAUCCCUCAGUGCCACAUCCACACGGCUCUGGAACACCUCCAUGGACGGUGACUGCACCACCUCCCUGGGCAGCCUGUGCCACUGCAGCACUGCUCUUUCUGGGAAAAAAAAUUUCCCCUGAACCUCCCCUGGUGCAACUUCAGGCCAUCAGCUCUCAUCCUAACUAGUAGACAAUAAUAAAUCAAAUUAAAGCAAAAAAAAAAAAAAAAAUCAAA